CAUCUGCCCCAGAUGCACCCCGGGCUCUGAAGCUGCCUGGAGGCACCCCCCGCACCCCCCGAAAUGGGGGCCCCCGGCGGCUGUUUGAUGGCUGCGGGAUUCCGCCCCCCCCCAUCACUGUCAUUAAAUCAGGGCUUUUCAGAUCCCCGCCUUCGUGCAGCCUGGGUGUUUGCGCAGCGCCCCCAGGAGGCGGCAUCCCAGGCAGGGGAGGGAGCCCGGCUCGCGGCGGGGGGGUGAAUGGGGCGCCGCUGGAAGGUGGAGAAAUCAGGUGCCUUUGCCUUGUCGCUGUGGAUGGCGUGACAUGGGACCGGCGCCUCGCCGGUCCCCUCUUCCAGCCGCAGGAGCGCAGAGCCCGGAGCGAGCCGCGGGGUUAAGCUGCCCUCCAGCCCCGCUUUUCUGAGCCGCACAGCCGUGGAAGGAGCCCGCCUUGGGACCGAAUGGCCGCCGCAGGACACAUGGGCUAGGAGAUGGCAGAGGAGGGAAGGAGCUAGAGAGAGGAAAGAAGUUGCUUUGGGGACAGAGAGCAUCAGCGAUUUUGGGGAGCCCAGUGUUGGGGUUUAACCAUCCAGACUGGUUUUAGUGAUAAAGGAAUCCAUCCUGCUUAGGAGAGGAAGCUGGACCUGCUAGAGGGGAGCCACUGUGCACACCCAGCCAGCCCAGGAUUUACUAUAUUUUUUGCUACUGAAAAUAUUUUUAAAACCCCACAAAAAUCUUCCUGAUGAGAAUUGAUUCAUCCUCCCUGUCCUCUCAGAUCUGAGCCUGGGAAAGGGACUGUGGAUGUCACUCGCCUAAGGCCCAAUUCUUCUCUCCUUGAUAGUGAUGUAAGUGAGCAGUAACUGCACUGGUGUCAAUGGAGGCACGCCAAUGUAAACCCACUGAGAGUGGAGAAUCAGGCCGGGGGUUAUUAAGGAAUUGUAUUGCCCGCAGAACAGCAAAGGUUCCUUCCUGUACUGUGUACUGUCCAUGCUUCCCAGCUUUAUUGGUCUAGUAUAAUCAGUAAGAAGUUUAUAUUGUGAUAAGAGGCUUUUAUAAUAGGCUUAUUCUCCAAACAGGUUUUCUAUUUAAAAAAAUCUACAACAGGCUUUACAGUGGGUCUGGAGACCAUUUCCUGUCUGGACUUAUCUGAUUUGUUUCUUUUAGCAUCAGGUGUUUGGUCAGCCACAAUGGGCUCCGUCAGAGGAGAUCACUUCAAGGACAUCAGCCCCGUGGUGACCCCAGAGGGAAAUGUGGUGAUGAGCUUCAGCUUCGACAGCUACCAGCUGGAAGAGGAGGAGCUGCAGUCUAAAGGGAAUCAGGCCAAGGGAGUCCUCACCUUCAUGGAGCCAGCCUCAGAAGACCCCGAGCCCCAGGAUCGAUACCAUGGGAUUUACUUCGCCAUGCUGCUCGCAGGGGUUGGAUUUCUUCUGCCGUACAACAGCUUUAUCACAGAUGUGGACUAUUUGCAUCACAAAUAUCCAGGGACCUCCAUUGUGUUUGAUAUGAGCCUCACCUACAUCCUGGUAGCCUUGGUAGCUGUCAUCUUGAACAACGCCCUGGUGGAGCUGCUGAGUCUGCACACCAGGAUCUCUGUGGGAUACCUGUUCGCUCUGGGUCCCCUUCUCUUCGUCAGUAUCUGCGAUGUCUGGUUGGAGCUCUUCACCCACAGGCAAGCAUAUGCUAUCAACCUGAUAGCCGUAGGGGUCGUGGCCUUUGGCUGCACAGUGCAGCAAUCCAGUUUCUAUGGCUACACCGGGAUGUUGCCCAAGCGGUACACCCAGGGGGUGAUGACUGGCGAGAGCACUGCGGGGGUCAUCAUCUCCCUCAGCCGCAUUUUCACCAAACUCCUCCUGUCGGACGAGAAGGAGAACACCAUCAUCUUCUUCUUCAUCUCCAUCGGCAUCGAGCUCAUGUGCUUCAUUCUCCACCUGCUGGUGAAGCGCACCCAUUUCGUCCGGCACUACACCACCUGCUCCCGGGAGGGCGCACCUGGGGGCAAAGGGGUCCCAGACCACAGCACCGGAUACAGGGUUCACCACGAUGUCACUGCAGAGGACAUCAGAUUCGAAAAUCAGCCUUGUGGGCAGGCGGGCUCCCCUCUGGGCAGCCUGGGGCAUGAAGCUGAGCUGGCUGGCAGCGGCACCUACGUGAGGUUUGAUGUCCCUCAACCAAGAAUCAAAAGAAGCUGGCCCAGCUUCCGAGACAUGAUGCUCCAUCGCUAUGUUGUCUCCAGGGUGAUCUGGGCAUACAUGCUUUCUAUAGCCAUGACCUACUUCAUCACACUGUGCCUCUUUCCUGGGCUGGAGUCGGAGAUCCGGAACUGCACUCUUGGGGAGUGGCUCCCCAUCUUAAUCAUGGCUGUCUUCAACCUCUCGGACUUUGUAGGCAAGAUCUUGGCUGCCUUGCCUUAUGACUGGAAAGGGACCCACCUUCUCAUCUACUCCUGUCUGCGAGUGAUUUUCAUUCCCCUCUUUAUAAUGUGUGUGUACCCCAGUGGGAAACCCACCUUCAACCACCCCGCGUGGCCUUGCAUCUUCUCCCUCCUCAUGGGGAUCACCAACGGGUACUUUGGCAGCGUACCCAUGAUCCUAGCUGCUGGCAAAGUGAGCCCGGAGCAGCGGGAACUGGCAGGUAACACCAUGACUGUGUCCUAUAUGACCGGAUUGACACUGGGCUCUGCCGUGGCCUACUUCGCCUAUAGCCUCACCAGUAAAUCUCACAGUACCUGUUUCCACACUGAAACCUAUAACAGCUCUUUCACGGCGGGGUACUGAGCGGGCAAUGCGGCUGGGGCUGCAGAAGCUCUGUGCCGGGACGGGGUGCAGGAGAAGGGGGCAGGUGGGUUGGGCUGCAGAGGAGAGGAGAAUGGGAAUGAUCUGUCCUGUAUUUAUUAAUCCGUUCCCACUCUACCCAAAAUCUGAUCCCUGAAAUAUUAAUCCCCCUUCCAGGCCCCUGGCCUGAUGGGCUGAAAGGCUGGAGCCGAUCCUCAGGCCUGCAAGCUGGCCAUGGAUAGGGCCAAGAGGUGUUUGCCAUGAGUCAUCACUUGCUUCAGCAAUGGCACAGAAGUUUAGGGGUGACAGUGGGUGUCGCCCUGAAAUGGCCACCCCCCGACUUAGCCUCCUCGCUGCUUGCUCUUGUGGGCGAGCUCAGUGCUCCACGACUGGUCUCAUCUCCCCCCCCCACUCCACCCCACCUCUGCAAGGUCUUUGCAGGGCAUUGGAUUAAUGGAGCAGAACUUUACAGACAGUGGAUCCCCAUUAGGGGAUAUAGUGGGGCUAGCGCAUGCCUGGUGUAACACCACUGAAGUCCAGGGUGUUAAAGCAGGAAUAAGCUUGGCCCCGGGAUUUCCCAGCCAGCUGUGUGUCUAGGCUGGGAUGUUAUCCCCUGUCGACACUUGGCUGUUCCCAGGUGACUCCAGGGUGGGGAGUGAAUUGUGGUGAAUCUCUGCAUUAGGAAGUCCAGCUGAUCUGUACCACUGCCACGGAGCCGUUCCUCAUGACUGGAGGGGCUCCAGCUUCUUGGGGGACAGAGCAGUGGGGAUUGCCUGGCCGCUGCACCCCAUGCAUUAGCAAUUCAUCCCGCAGGGUAGAGCGGGGAGGAGACUCCUGGGGUGUAGGUCCCUGAUAUUGUACAAGGGUGUGGGGUGUCCACACCCACCCUAACCCAGAGAGCGUGUGCAGACAAAGGACAGGGUGCUGAUACUGGUGGGAGGGUGAUGACAUUUGUGGUGGUCUUCGGCUCUGAGAUACAAAUGCCAGCCGUAAAAUUAACUCCUUGGCUAUACCACCUCUACAUAGCCCACCACCAUCCUACCGUCCAGCCUCUUGGUCGUCAUAGGCCUCACACGGCUGCUUUGCAGUACACACCACCGCCCAGCACUGUCCUGCUGUCUCCCAACUCACACAGCUCCCCAGCGCACGCCUGCCACGUGGCAGGUGCAAACCGAAGACUGAGUGUGUGCGCCAGGGAGAUGCAAAGAGGAGAUGAAGAGAAAGUGGGGAGACAGAUUGCAAGGUGAGGGGGCGGUGAUAGAGGAGCAGAAGAAAGCAGGAGAGAAAGAGAGAGAGCCUUAUGGAGGGCAGGAGAAGGACAAAAGACCUGCAGUGACAGAGAGAUGCUGUGUUAAGUGUGAGACACUGUAUUGUAAUCACUGGCCAAACCUCCACUGGCCUCGAUAGGGUAGGAGUAGGGAAGGAGUUAUCAAUAGCAGGCACCACAACUGAUCUGCCCGGUGUUUGUUACCGUGGCCCUGGGAGUGUAACGCUGGAGGGGGUGUGCCCCUUCCCAAGAGAAUGAGUGGUCCUGAGCUGAGCUGAAUGGAACCUAGGAGCAGCUGCUCUGCUGUCCUUGGGGAUCUGUCUACACUCGUGGCUUGUACAGUUUGCAAGUGGUGUUGUCUACAUAGCAAAUGCUGAAAUAGGGGUGGGUGAUAAGCAGGCAAAAGCCCCAGUGUCCUCUCCACACUGCAGCUUCCAGCACUGCAAUCACCUCUGGGCAGGGAUUGAUGGACAUGCAGUUUGCUAGUGCAAACUGAGCCAUCUCGAAAUUUCACUUCUUCCUUUUCCAGCCUCGCCAGUGUGGUGAUGUACUCGGAAUUCCUGCCCUUGGAGACACAGUUGCUCCACCAGUCACCCACCCUGAAAGACCCAAGGGAUUAGCUCUCUCAUUCCCCCUCUUCGUUCCACCCCCAGAGCAAGGCACGUGCUAAGUGACCAUUCCACUCUGGUCCAUGGGACAGGGUCAGGAGUUAAGGAGGGUGGGGUGGGGAACAGAACCGUCACUGGAGACUAGGAUGGAGCAGCUUCUUCAGCUCAACUAGCACAGAGCUCAUGUGGAGACCAUAUGACCUAGUCCCACUAUUGACACCUCCCCAUAAAAGAACAUCCCAGUAACUAGAACUGCCUCUCUAUUGAAUGUGCAGGGCCCUAGAGAGAGGCACAGAGGUUGUGCCCCAAUCAAGGCUUGCUUCAGUCCUGCAUAAGCGAUUAAGGUGACUUGAAAUGGGUGUAGUGUUUUUUGUCUUGUAAAUUGCAACUCCAAGUUGCAUACUUUUGCAAGUCUCCUGGUAGUUGGUGUUCUUCAUAAAGCCCCCAGCUCCUGAAGUUAGAAACCUCAGCUUUAAUUCAAACAAUAUAAAUUUCUAGCGCUCCUGGUUGUAGAGACAAGCCUGAAAAUCUGAACCCCCAAAUCCCUGAAGGCAAAUAAAAAGAACCCAAAUUUUAUUAUAUUUUUUAAAAUCUCAUGAUUUUUAAACCUUUCUCAUGAUUUUCAGGAGCCAGAUCCAUGAGUUUUGAACGCUCAGCGGUGUUGCAGGUGUUCCCCGUCUCCUUUUCAAUAACGUAUCACUGAGUCCAGGGAGAGCAUAGUAUGGUCCACUGAUUUCUGUUAUCUGCGUGAUGAUCAAGUAUUGGACAGCGCUGCAAAGUACAGUCAUGAUUGUAUAAAGUUGAGAGAAGGUGUCACACUGGCCAGUUUAUGAUCUUUGGACUAGAUUGUAAAGUACAUGAUAACAGACAAAUACUGAGAGACACACACACACCCUUAGCUGCUUGCUCCAUAAAUUCUAUAAAUGACCGUAGCUCAUUUUGUAAUAUGUUAACUCUAUUUUAGAGGAUGUCAUAUUCCUUUUCUUCUUUUUUUUUUAAUACAGAGCAGCUGUAUAAGCGAUUUAUGGGGAAAUCAAUAGAUUUUUUCCUCAGAGGAAUCAAACCAAGCACAGGUGUGUCUGCUUGCACCUGGGUCACCCUUCCAGUUGACUAGAAAUACCUGAUCAGUUGUCACCGGCAGUGAAACUAACCAUUAAACAAAUCCAUCGUGCCAUGGUGCUGAGCUUUGGCCAUCCCCAAGCAGUUACAGUGCAAGGGUGGUCACAGGCUGCAUUUCCGUAUGUCUACACUGCAGUUAGACAUACCCUGCGGCUGGCCCCUGCCAGCUGACUCGGGCUCACAGCCUUGGGCUGCUGGGCUGUUUAAUUGCAGUGUAGACGUUCUGGCUCAGGCUGCACCCCAAACUCUGGGACCCUCCCACAUCGUGGAGCUUGGGCUCCAGGCCAAAUGUGGAUGACUACACUGCAAUUAAACAGCCCCACAGCCCGAGCCCAAAUCGACCGGCAUGGGCCAGCUGUGGGAUUUUAAUUGCAGUGUAGACAUGUGGCCUAAGUGGCCAGGGCCUGCAGUCUCAAAGCCAUGUGACUUUAGUCAUGGCGGCAAAGCCUUUUUCAUGAUCAUGGCUAGUAUUUUGCAGCUAAUGGUUCCUUGCCAGCCUUUCCUGGCCUCUUCCCUGCUGUCUAUUCAGAGUCAUAGAGUGUAGGGCCAGAAGGGAUUAUUAUCAUAUUCUAGGGCGGCCGACCUACUGCAUAGCACAGGCCAGAGAAUUUCUCCUGCAGUGGAGGGGUCUAGUCCUCCCUUCCGUGUAACCUAGCAACACUUGUCUGCCAGCAUCGUGUGCUCGCACAGAAUCGAGCACUAGCUUGAAAAAAACGUCCUCAGUGCUGAGCUGGCUGAUGGACUGCAAAUGAGCCGUGUCAACCGCUCCUCAUGCAGUGAGGAUGCAGCCUGCCAGCCAACCUCUGGCUGCCUUGUUGCGGUGAGCCGGCGGGGGCAUGGUCAGGAGCCAGGCUGCCUUGUAGCUAACGGGCAGCCAGGCACUUUAGGCAAACUAGCCCUGAGCCAAUGACCGAACGGUUUUUUUUUUUAACCAGAGCACUACUGACAAAGUAGCCACAGACUGUGCUUGCCUUGUUUCAAGAGAGUUGGGCUCUGAAGAGCUGCUUGAGUCGCCAAUGGAUUGGUGGGGCCUGGCUUGUCUUCAGAGCGCCUCCCAACCCAAACCACCUUCCCCACGCGCUGAGGGAGGUUGGCUCUGGAGCCAGACGUCACAGCUGGCCCUGCUCCAAGGGCCUGAAGCAAAACCUAGCGGAAGGUUGGGGCUGGAGUGGUGGCUACAUCAGGUCCCUUCUUAUGCUAGCACCCGAAAACGGUACAGGAACUGCCGAGCUGUCAGCUUUCCUCCCCAAAUAGCUCUAGCGUUGUGUGUCAGCCAUGCCAGACUCAUUUGCCGUCCCGUUUGCUGCGAAGGAGAUCAGUACAUUUUCAAAAAAUAAUAAAAUAUUUGGCAUCGUGUAAA